AUCUCAAUAUAUAUCACGUUCUAAACUUUCGGUCUCUUUUUUCUCUUCAACAUUGCGUUCCUCUGCCUCUGUUUCUUCUCCACAGAGAAGAAGAGUUUAAUUUUCAAUUAUUCCCUCCAUUCAAACGAUUUCUCUAAUCCACCUAGUCCUCCGAAACACAUCUCAACAGAACUCUGUUUAGCUGUUUCCAGUUCUGAAAAUCAAAGCUUGUUUUUUGAAGACUUGUUUUUUAUUUUUUAUUUUUUUGGGUGCGUGUGCUCAAAUUCGGCGACUAACGAUCUUUUAUCUUAUUUAUAAUUUUCGCUUUUGGGUAUUUCAAUUUUGCUUUGGAAUUCGCUGAGGUACCUUUAUAUCUAAGUAAUGUGAAUUACUUGAAAAUUUUCUUGGUCCAUAUUGGAGGGUGAUCCGUUGAGAGAGUUCGAAGCAUGAUUUGUUGUUAAAGAAAACAAAAGAGUUCGGUUGAGAGAUGAAGAGGUCUAGAGACGAGGUUUACAUGGGCGCUCAACUUAAAAGACCUGUGGUUUCUUCUCGAGGAGAAACCUCUGGGCAACCUCAAAUUAUAGGAGGAGGAGGUGGUGGUGGCGCCCAAAAGCUAACCACAAACGACGCUCUAGCAUAUCUCAAGGCUGUGAAGGACAUAUUUCAAGACAAAAGAGAAAAAUAUAUAGAGAUUUUGACCCAUGAUGGCAAUAGAGACUUGAAUAUGCAACGGUUUCCCCCACAAACGGAAAUCUGCUCGCAGGGUGGAAGACUCACUGCUGAACAUUCACAUCAAGGUGGAGAAGGUGACGAAAACUUUGGAACACGUCCCACUUCAUCUUCUUAUGAUGACAAAAAUGCUGUGAAGAGUAUGUAUAGCCAAGAGUUUACUUUUUUCGAGAGAGUAAAAGAGAAGUUAUGUAGUGGUGAUGAUUAUCAGGAGUUUUUGAGAUGCCUUCAUCUAUAUACAAAAGAAAUAAUCACACGAUCAGAGUUGCAAGCUUUGGUAAGUGAUUUGCUUGGAAGAUAUCCAGAUGAUAUGGAGGCCUUCAAUGAGUUCCUGGCAUAUUGUGAAAAGCAUGAUGGACUACUUGCUGAAUUUGUGAGUAAAAAAUUUUUGUGGAAUGAAGGACACCUACCAAAAUCUGUGAAGAUAGAGGAUAGGGAUAGAGAUCGAGAUCGUGAAAGGGUUGAUGGAGUGAAAGAUAGGGACCGUGAAAAUCGUGAGAGGGAUAGACUUGACAAAAAUGUUGCUUUCGGCAAUAAAGAUGUGGGAAAUCACAAGAUGUCUAUAUUCCCUAGCAAGGACAAGUAUCUGGCAAAACCCAUUAAUGAACUUGAUCUCUCUAACUGUGAAAGAUGCACUCCAAGCUAUCGACUUCUACCAAAGAAUUACCCAAUACCUUUAGCAAGCCAGAGAACAGAGCUUGGUGCUGAGGUACUUAAUGAUCACUGGGUGUCUGUCACUUCAGGGAGUGAGGAUUACUCUUUCAAACAUAUGCGCAAAAACCAGUAUGAAGAAAGCCUUUUUCGAUGUGAAGAUGACAGGUUUGAGCUGGACAUGUUGUUGGAGUCUGUGAAUGUAACAACCAAGCGUGUAGAAGAACUAUUAGAGAAGAUUACCAACAAUACAAUCAAAACAGAGAGUCCUAUUCGUAUCGAGGACCACUUCACAGCUCUGAAUCUAAGGUGUAUAGAGCGCUUGUAUGGUGACCAUGGACUUGAUGUGAUGGAUGUGUUGAGGAAGAAUGCUCCUCUUGCUUUACCAGUAAUACUAACUCGUUUGAAGCAGAAACAAGAAGAGUGGGCUAGGUGUCGUUCUGACUUCAAUAAAGUUUGGGCUGAUAUUUACGCUAAGAACUAUCAUAAAUCGCUAGAUCAUCGCAGUUUCUAUUUCAAGCAGCAGGAUUCAAAGAACCUGGGCACUAAAGCCUUACUGGCAGAGAUCAAAGAGAUAAGUGAGAAAAAGCGUAAAGAAGAUGAUGUGCUUCUUGCCAUUGCUGCUGGAAGUAGGCGACCAAUAAUUCCAAAUUUGGAAUUUGAGUAUUCGGAUCCUGAUAUUCAUGAAGACCUUUAUCAGCUAAUCAAAUAUUCAUGUGGCGAGAUGUGUACAACCGAACAGUUGGACAAGGUAAUGAAAAUAUGGACAACCUUCUUGGAACCCAUGUUUGGCGUACCUUCUCGGCCUCAAGGUGCUGAGGAUACUGAAGAUGUUGUGAAAUCUAAGAACAACCCUGUUAGAAAUGGUGCUGCAAGUGUUGGCGAGAGUGAGGGUAGUCCUGGUGGCGGUGCCACUAUUAUAAACUCCAAACAUUUAAAUCCUUCUAGGAAUGGUGAUGAAAGUACUCUACUAGAUCAAUCAAGUGUUUGCAGGGCCCGUAUGCUGAAUGGAGAUAAUGUGGUCAAAGAAGAUGGUUCUGCAGAUAGAGAAGCUACUGCUCGUAAGAAUGGCACCUUCUGUGAUAUUAUGCAACAGGAUAAGGUGCAGAAUAAUGCAGCUACCACUGAUGAAAUAUCAGGGGUCACCAAGCAAGCUAGUUCAAAUGAACAGUUGAUUAGUUCAAACACGGCAGUUACUUCUGCAGUGGAGCAAAGUAAUGCCAGAACUGGUGCUGAAAAUAUAGCAGGGCUUACUGCUAGUUCUUCCCGACCCUGUAAUGUUGGUACUCAAGUUGGGCUGGACUUGAAGUCAAUUAAUGAAAAUAUUCCCUCAACAGAGGGCGGUGAUUGUUCCAGAGCAGUUAUAUCUACAAAUGAGGUGAUUGUAGAUGGCUUCAAGAGUCACAGAUAUAAUGAAGAAUCUGUUGGACAAUUUAAAGUUGAAAGAGAAGAGGGUGAAUUAUCUCCAAAUGGAGAUUUUGAAGAUAAUUUUGCAGUUUAUGGAGAAGCGGGUGCAGAGGCUGUACAUACAGUGAAGAUAGUGCUGGAAGCAGCCAUAUCAACAAGGCAUGAGAGGAAAUAUGUUGUGGAGAGGCAGGGGCAGAAAAUGUCAUCAGCACCCACCUGUCUGUCCAUUCAGCUUAUGGACUAUGGGCAUGAUAAGCCUGAAAUCACUGCUGUAUCUAUGGACCCUAAUUUUGCAGCUUAUCUGCAAAACAACUUCCUCUCAGUUGUUCCUGCUGAAAAGGAGAAGGCUGGAAUUUUUUUGAAGAGGAAUAAGCGGAAAUGUUCUCCUGGUGAUGAAUUUUCUGCUGCAUGCCAAGCAUUGGAAGGGCUCAAAGUUAUUAAUGGUCUGGAGUGUAAGAUAGCUUGCAAUUCAUCAAAGGUUUCCUACGUUUUAGAUACAGAAGAUUUUUUAUUCCGUAAUAAAAAGAGGAAAAUAACGCAGCAAAACAGUUUAUCCGACGACCAGGCAAAGCUUUCAAAUGGUUGUUCAAGUAGACUACAAAGAAUACAGCGGUUUCACAGGAUGUUUUAUGGCGCUCCUACAUGAUGACUUGCCAAUCCCAAACAAGACAUGAUAUCCUUGUUCUUCAGUUGACUUCUGUGACAUUAUAUAGGCGGAGGCAAGCAGACGGAAAAAAGGGCCACAGGAAAGAGAGGUCUCUGGUAUUAUCUCCAUGUAUUUCUCAAAUCUGUCUUACCAAAGGAAUAAAAGAAUGUGGGGGGGAAAAGAAUAUGGCUCGGGGAGGUACGUUAUAUUUUGUUGGGGAUUUUGAAGCCACCACAAUCGUGUACAUAGAGGUGGUGGUGUCGUGAUGUAGAAUCCUGAUAUGUUUAAUUCUAUUCAUCCAAUAUUUUUUUAAUAUCUAUUCAAUUGGAAAUGUCUUCGUUUUUA